ACAGAAACAUCCCAAAAUCUUAUUCCAUUUGAUUACAAAAAAAAAAAAGUAAAAAAAUAAAGACACAGAGAUCCGACCAUCGGAGCAAGAAGAAACCUUCAUUGUGAUUCCUUCAUAUGAUGUCGGACGGAGGAGCACCGUCGAGGUACGUGAAAUUGACGAAGGAGCAAGCUCCGGUCGAUGAGGUGAAUCCCGGCGAACUCAAUCAACCGAUUCAGGUUCCUCAUCUAGCUGUUCACAAAUGCAACGAGUGUGGCCAAGCUUUGCCUGAGAAUUUCGAAGCUCCUGCAGAUGAGCCAUGGACUACCGGAAUAUUCGGCUGCUUUGAGGACAUGAACAGUUUUUGGCAGGGACUCUUUUGCCCGAGUGUUCUAUUCGGACGUGUCUACGAAACUCUGAGCGACGAGGAAACCUCGUGGACCAAAGCAUGUAUUUGCCACUCGAUUGUCGUAGAAGGUGGCCUAACAGCCGCGUCGAUAGUUGCUUGUGUUCCCGGUAUUGAUCCACACACAUCGUUUCUUGUAUGGGAAGGCUUGUUGUUUGUUUGGUGGAUGUGUGGAAUUUACACUGGAAACGUCAGGCAAACUCUACAGAGAAAAUAUCAUCUCCAGAACUCGCCAUGUGAUCCAUGUAUGGUGCAUUGUUGCCUACACUUUUGUGCGGUUUGUCAAGAACACCGUGAGAUGAAGAACCGGCUCUCGGAUAACUUUGUGAUGCCUAUGACCGUGGUUAACCCGCCACCGGUUCAGGAGAUGAGUGCCUCUAAUGACAGAGACAGACAUGACUCUGUUCCGGUAUCGCACCAUAGCUCUGAUCUCGAGAUGCGGCCAUUGUAGUUGUCUCAAUGUUACAACCAUUGGUUUCAAGGUCUUGUUUUUGUUUUUUUUUUUUGGUUGUUGUUAUGGACCUGAUGAUGAUGCAUUGGUAUAAUGAGGAUGAUAUGUAAAAACGUAUUUUGUUGUUUAAAAAUCAUGAUUUUAUAGAUUAGAUUAUUAU